AUGGCUUUGACAUGCAAGAUGAAAGUUCGCUUGUUUUGGCCAUUGCUAGGUAUCAUUUCUGGAAUAAUGGCCGGACUAUGCUUUCCUAUUAUUUAUCAAAAUUGGAGUGCAACAGUAAUGGCAUUUAUUAGUUCUAUAAUUGCUGUGAAUCUUUUCAUCAUACAUCGAAAGCAUAUCAAGGGAACGAUGUCGUUACUAUCCAAAGCCAAAAUUAAAUUCAUUUUUGCUAUUCAUUGUAUACUCUGUAUAUUAUGUCUUGGUGGAACUAUCGUUUGUAUUACGCUUGCUAUAAUUUGGCAUCAAAAUUUAACACAUAAAGGUUUAAUGAACGAAAAUUUGUGGAUAACAGCAGUUUGGUUUUUUAUGACAUUUAAAUGGUCUAUGCUUUCGGCGUGGUAUAUUUAUCACUAUUCUUCCCAAGAAUACACGGAACAUCUACCGAGUUAA